AUGGGAAUCUUCUGGUCGCUAGGAAGUCUGACUCCCACAGGAUUGAUGCCAAAGGCAUCAAGCACACUGCUGCGAGACGAGUCGACGACUGGACCGAACUUUUUCUCAGGAGCGGUAGCGGUUGUCUUCGUGGAUAAUUCGGAGACAGUUGUAUCGCGGGACUCAUGGGAGCACAUGUGCUCCUUUCUGGAGGAUCCCAUCGACAGCCCCCCUCCAAUCUACACCGCUACCUUCGCCUCUUCCGUGGUCAAAUUGACAUUGGAAUUUGCUGCGCUCACGGAGGCAGGCGAGGUAAUCCCGUGGGGCGACGAGCUUCCGGAACAGCCAUCCGCUCCCCCUGACGAUGACGAAGAAGUUGAGCAAGCUGAAUUUCAGGCCCAUAUCUUGAAUCAGCCGGUCACUGGGUGGCCUGCUAGACUCCUGAGACAGCUAGACUAUAAGCCUCACAAACUGCCUCUUCCGCCCAUCAAAGACCUCUCUACGGACGGCGCCUAUACAACUGCAAUUACCUAUAAUGGCGACUUUUUUGUGAUGGUUCUGCGGAUUCAGCAUGCAGCUGCGGGUGGCCGGCAUGUUAUAGCUGUCACCACUGGUGGAUCUUUGUGGUCGGCUGGUGAUGGGCUCUAUGGCCAACUGGGCAUUGGACUCAGACAGUUUGGGUUGUGUACCCCUGAUGGCGUGGUUGACAUGGAGGCCAAUGCGAUCGAGGAGUAA